GGCCGAGAUUGUGCCACUGCCCUCCAGCCUCGGUGGAAGAGCGAAACUCCGUCUCAAAAAAAAAAAAAAAAAAAAGAAAAAGAACACAGAUCUCCUUGCCCAACAACAUCCCUCAAGGACUCCUUUCUUUUUCAGGAUCUUGAAUAAGACUUAAGAGCCAGGUCCUGGAGAAACAGAGAAGGGAGGAGGCAGCCUGAAGGGGGCGGAGGCAAGCUCGUAGCACCGCCUACACGUCUGGCUUGCGUUCUUCCGGGCUUCGGAACUUUUCUUCGCGAAGCCUGGGGAAGCUUUUCCAGUAGUACUUUCCGGCGUUGUUGACCCUAUUUCCCGUGCUGCACCGCAGCCCCUUUCUCUUCCGGUUCUAGGCGCUUCGGGAGCCGCGGCUUAUGGUGCAGACAUGGCCAAGUCCAAGAACCACACCACACACAACCAGUCCCGAAAAUGGCACAGAAAUGGUAUCAAGAAACCCCGAUCACAAAGAUACGAAUCUCUUAAGGGGGUGGACCCCAAGUUCCUGAGGAACAUGCGCUUUGCCAAGAAGCACAACAAAAAGGGCCUAAAGAAGAUGCAGGCCAACAAUGCCAAGGCCAUGAGUGCACGUGCCGAGGCUAUCAAGGCCCUCGUAAAGCCCAAGGAGGUUAAGCCCAAGAUCCCAAAGGGUGUCAGCCGCAAGCUCGAUCGACUUGCCUACAUUGCCCACCCCAAGCUUGGGAAGCGUGCUCGUGCCCGUAUUGCCAAGGGGCUCAGGCUGUGCCGGCCAAAGGCCAAGGCCAAGGAUCAAACCAAGGCCCAGGCUGCAGCUCCAGCUUCAGUUCCAGCUCAGGCUCCCAAAGGUACCCAGGCCCCUACAAAGGCUUCAGAGUAGAUAUCUCUGCCAACGUGAGGACAGAAGGACUGGUGCGACCCCCCACCCCCGCCCCUGGGCUACCAUCUACAUGGGGCUGGGGUCCUCCUGUGCUAUUUGUACAAAUAAACCUGAGGCAGGA